CAGACAAUACUAGAGGAGUAGGGAAAAGUGAUCGGCUUUUGCCUUUUCCGUGAUCCACUAACAUGUCUUCCACAUCUCACGCAGGCGCGCUGAUUCUGACCCACGUGGCAUGACGUCCUGCUUGAUGUGUUCAUCAGCGAAUAACAGUCUGUGAAGCCGUUUUAUAGAGUUACUAUUCAACAACAGAAGAGAUAUGUCUCAGUUACAAACCAGGUUCUUUACGGAUAACAAAAAAUAUUCAGUCGAUGACGUCCCAUUCUCCAUCCCUGCUGCCUCAGAGGUACAGGAACUCAGCAACGUCAUCAACAAGCUGCUCGAAGCAAAGAAUGGGUCUCACAGCCAGAUUGAGUUUGACUUCCUGGUGCGAGGUCAGUUCCUGCGGACAUCGUUGUCAAAUCACAUGGAGGCUGAAGGCAUCUCAACGGAAGAUGUGGUGGAGAUCGAGUAUGUGGAGAGGUUCACCGCUCCCCAACCAGAGGAGUGUAUGAUGCAUGAUGACUGGAUCAGCUCAGUGGAGGCAGACUCUGAAUGGAUCCUGACGGGUUCCUAUGAUAAGACAGCCAGGAUCUGGUCUCUGGAGGGCAAGGCUGUGAUGACGGUGGCCGGACACACGGACGUGGUGAAGGACGUGGCCUGGGUCAGGAGAGAUGGCCUGACCUCCCUGCUGCUCACGGCCUCUCUGGACCAAACCAUUCUGCUGUGGGAGUGGAACUCUGAGAGGAACAAGCUGAAAGCUAGACACUGUUGCCGUGGACACGCUGGGAGUGUUGACACUAUCGCCACGGAUCCCACACGCACUAAGUUCUGCAGUGGUUCCUGGGACAAGAUGCUGAAGAUCUGGUCAGCAGUGGCCACAGAGGAGGAGGAGGAGGUGGUGGUAGAGGAGCCUCCCAGCAGACCCAGAAAGAAACAGAAGACUGAACAGCUCGGACUGACCAGGACACCCCUCAUGACAUUGUCUGGUCACAACGAGGCGGUGUCGUCUGUCCUCUGGUUGGACAGUGAGGAGAUCUGCAGUGCAUCCUGGGACCACACCAUCCGCCUCUGGGAUGCCGAGACCGGAAGCGUGAAGACCACACUGACUGGCAGUAAGGUGUUUAACCACAUCUCCUACUCUCCACUGUGUCGUCGCCUGGCCUCUGGCAGCACUGACAGACACGUCAGGCUGUGGGACCCUCGCUCUAAAGACGGGUCUUUGGUGUUGCUGUCUCUUACCUCUCACAGCGGCUGGGUCACAGCGGUGAAGUGGGCUCCUUCCCAUGAGCACCAACUGGUGUCUGGUUCCCUCGACAACCUGGUCAAACUCUGGGACACCAGGAGCUGCAAGACCCCUUUGUAUGAUGUGUCUGCCCAUGAGGACAAGGUGCUCUGUGUGGACUGGACUGACAGCAGGUUGAUGUUGAGUGGAGGAGCUGACAACAAGCUGUACACAUACAGAUACACAGCCUGCGAGACAGACGCUGGAGCGUAGACGAGACGGACUGGAGACAGACAUAGCACCUGUUUUUAUUUCUCUGAUGUAUUGCCUGUUGAUUAAAGUCUUUCCUGAUGUAGAUAUGUGUAUUUAUGAACUGCCACAGUUGUGUCGAUGGAGGCUGUUCUUCAUGAUAUAAGAUAGCCAAGGUGACAUACUGUUUUUGAAGAUACAGCUCGUCUCCAUUUUAAUACUGUGUAUGUAUGUAGCCACAUCGUUUCCAGAUUAAACUACUGUGUGGAGAACCAUCAGUGGCAGGUCUCUAUACUGCCCUCUCUUGGGACAGAUUAAUAGAUCAUAAUAGAUGUGAUAUAUAUAUAGGUAUAAUUACUGUGCCAUUAUAAUUCCAACUGUCGUUGUUAAUCAGAAUGUCUGUCUACAUCCAUGAUAUACCAGUGUUUUAAAUACAAUAACUACCCAGUCAUCAGUUUUUCAGAUUAAAGAUCUUUCUAUUUUCCUGCA